AAUGAUGAAAGUUUAAUUUGUUCUAUUUAACAUUGUGUCUCUUUCACCUACAGAAAACCGUGACAUCUAUUUAACAUUGUGCCGGGGGCGGACUUAGUGAUUUGGGGGCCCGUUUCAAAAUACCGCUGACCUGUCCUACCCCGAGAAAAGGACAAUAAAUACUGAAGAAUUGUUUGAAAAUAAUUGUUCAUACUCCUAUUAGGAAGUACGUCACAGUUGAGAUGAGAGAUAUGCUACAUGUAUUUCAUCACUUUAGUUUGUCAGACCACACUAUGUGUGUGACAGUUUCUGCUGUAGACAGUCUACGUUACCGUCUAAGGUGAUCAGUGGUGUGUGAGUUCUCACAUGGCUUGUCCUGAGAACAUGCUUUUUCUCAUUGGCCUCUUUAUGUCAGGUGUUUUGGCCUGUUUUGGUCAACGACAUUUGAUCGCCACAAUGCCAGAUAGACUGGAUGUACUGACGGGCUCCUGUGUGCAAAUCCCAUGUUCAUUUGAUAUUUCUCACCAAAAUAAGUAUACAUUUAACAGCACAAUACUAACCUCUGGAGUGUGGAUUAAAGGAAACCCAUACUUUGGUGAGCGCCCGGACAAUGUGAUAUUUAACAGUAGUGAGAUGGUCAACAGAUAUCAAGGGGAGAUAACUGGAAACAUGUCCCAGAAGAACUGCACCACAGUCUUCUUCAUUGUAACCAACAGUUACACUAAUAUAUACUUCUUCAGGAUUGAGAGUCAACCAUUCCGUGCAACAGACACUGAAAAGUCUGUUCAUAUAGUUGUCAGUGAUUUCCCUUCCAGUCCCAUUCUUACUGUCUUAGGUGAGGUAAAGGAAGGGACCCCUGUCAGUUUGAACUGCUCAGCUGUUGCUCCCUGUCCCGAACAACCCCCUGAGCUGACAUGGACUCUCCCAACACAGUUCACAACUGAGAACCAACUGCAGGAGAAUCCAGACCGAACCAAAUCAGUUCUCUCCACGGUGACCUUCACUCCGUCAUACCUUCAUCAUGAGAAGAACAUCACUUGUACUGCAGUCUACCCAGUAGGGACAAGCAACAAGAGAGCUGAACAUAACAUGAUGCUUAACGUUUCAUUCUCUCCUAAGGACAUCUCGGCCUCCAUCAGUCCAGAUGAUCCAGUAUCAGUGGGCAGCUGUGUUAAUCUGACCUGCAGCAGUACAGCCAACCCUCCUGUGACAAACUUCACCUGGUUCAAGAUCAGUGAGGGUGAAACAACACAGGUAGCAUCUGGACAGAGUUACACCCUCAAUGUUACUGUUGGUGAUGGAGGACUGUACUACUGUGAAGCAAGAAAUAGUCACGGCUGUGGGAAGUCGAAGGAAGUGCAGCUGGUGAUAAAAGGGCAAGAAGAUUCAAAAACCUCAGGGGUUGGUUUCUGGUUUCUGGUUUCUGGGGUUGCAGCAGGAACUCUGGGGGUCAUUUUGCUUAUCAGCCUGAUCAGUCUUUUUGUAUGGAGGAGAAACUCGAGGCUCCACGAUGGACUUGAAAGGACAGACAAUCCACAGGGACAGGUGAACUCCCCGGUUGGGACAGUGUGUACUAACCAGGCCACAGCCGGAGAGGAACCAGAGGAACCUGCAGAAGACCAGCCUGAAGAGAUCCACUACGGUGACAUAGACUUCUCCAAACUACAGACCAAAGAGACCCCAGCUGCAGCCCAGGACAGGGUCCAGGGACAGGAGAGUGAGUACGCUGAAGUCAACGUGACUGGGAGAGGGGCUCAGGAACCACCUCUUAACAACCUAGAUGGGCUUUAUGCACAAGUGAAUAAAACAGGUGGAUGUUAAUUAUUUUUCCAAUGGUUAUUAAGUGUUUUUAUGUACACUAUUGUCAUUGUGUAUCUGUUUUCUAUUGGUACUUUUGUUACAUUUAUAAUUGUGUGCUCUUUGAUUAUCUGCAUAUUUGUAGAAUUUGCUGGGAUGAAAAGUGUUUAACUGUUACUAUAGUGUUGAUACGAUGAUGUAGGAUACUCUUUAUUUUGGACCAUUUAUUUUGAGUGUUGAGUUCACAGAGCAUCUGUUUAAUGGGUUCCAGUAUAGAGGAACUGCUGAGUUCAACUAGCUCACUGAAGGCAGUUUAAGACCAUAUAAAGUCAAUGAUGACUGAGGAGAGACGACACAGUUAGUUGGAGAGACAGUGGUCUGAUACAAGACAGGAAGUUGGUGCAGGAAGUCUGCAUGAUGGCAGAAUGGUGUUAACAUCUACUAGUUACUGUUUAUCUUCAUCUUUUGUGCAGUAACCAGAAUAACAAUAUCAUCUAUUUUCAGUUUAUAUCUAUUUAGAAGUUAUCGCGUCAGCUUUUAUGUUGAGUGUUAAAUUGAAGAAACAAAUGAGACUGAAUUUGUUAAGGUUGUUUAUGCCCUGCAAUAAACCUUUACAUUCAGUUUCCAUGAAAUCUUUUGGUCUUAUUGGUCCAACAUUUAACAUCUCAUUAAAAUGGAUUAAAUUGAGAUUUUGUUUCACUGUUCUACACACAAUGUGGAAUUAUGUUUUUAGACAUAAAAAUGAAGAGCUGAAAGU